GAAGAGGAGACGGGGGGGGCCGUAGAGGGGGGGCGCGGCUCCGGAGCACAGGAGGCCAGCCUCGUCUGCAGAAGGAUAUCAGGGUGGCCUGCAGUCUUGCCUUCCUGAUGGCAUUUGCACCUCCCAAAAACAUGGAUGGCCCCAAACUGCAAACCAAGAUGAGCACCUGGACACCUCUGAACCAUCAGCUUAUGAAUGACAAGGUAUUUGAAGAAAGAAGAGCCUUGCUUGGAAAAUGGUUUGACAAGUGGACAGAUGGUCAGAGGCGAAGGAUCCUGAUAGAUUUGUUGGAACGCUGCUCCCUGGCGCAGCAGAAAUUCUGUUCUAAGCAGUUGCAGGACCGAGUUCCAGUUGAAGCCCUGGAUUUCACCACAAAGCUUCCCAGAGUGUUGUCUUUAUACAUUUUUUCUUUCCUGGACCCCAGGAGUCUCUGUCGAUGUGCACAGGUGAGCUGGCACUGGAAGUACUUGACGGAGCUGGAUCAGCUCUGGAUGCUUAAGUGCCUGCGCUUUGGCUGGUACAUCAACUUCUCUCCGACCCCCUUUGAGCAGGGAAUCUGGAAGAAACACUACAUUGAGAUGGUGAAGGAGCUUCAUGUGACAAGGCCCAAGACCCCUCCAAAAGAUGAAUUUGUGGUCAUCGAUGUCCAGCCAAUAGCAAGAGACGUCCCAGAGACAAAACUAUCCCUUUCCUCAGUUCUCCAAUCAGCAUCUGUGAUAGGAAAGAGGACAGACAAGGAGAAAAAAGAGCUCCCACCAUGGCGGUCCUCGGAUAAACAUCCCACUGACAUUGUCCGAUUCAACUACCUAGACAACUACGAUCCGAUCGAGCAAGUGAGGCAGGCUAGAAAGAAAGGAGGAGGACUUACCCCAGACCUCAGCCGGCAAGCAUUUGAGAAAAAAAGGAAACCGAGCUGUGCAUCUUAUAAGCUUCGGAAAGCAAAAUCACUGCUGUCCCUAUCUGCAGACCUUGGCUCUAGCCCAAAAGGACCAGUUCGCCCAAGUUGGGCUACUCACCAAUCAACAGGGUACCCUGUUACCAAAGCAACAGCUAAGAUCCUAGCUCAAAGUGCCCAGUGGAAUGCUGGGAUACGACCAACCCCUGUUCGAGCUCCAGUACCAAAGCUGAGUGAAAGAGGGAAGAAGGCCUUUGCAAGGAUGAGCAGAAGUUCUCCAUCAUCCCCACUGUUUGAAGCUCAGCCCUGGCAAAUUCCUCCAUCGGACCAUGGAUCUGACGCAGAGUGAGGGAGUGACGUUUCAGUGCAAUUCAUCCCAGUCAAACCGGCUCAUCUGCCCAGCUUUCAGAAGAUGCCGAUCACGUCCCCUGAGUUACCGUGAAGAACGGGUGUUACUGACAUGCUCAAAGUCUCAAGGAUCCAGCUCCAUUUUUUUAUAUCACUUGUCACAAUAAGAGACUUCCCCCCCGACCCUCAUUGAACUCACUAUACAAUGCGGAGAAACAGGCACGGAGACCCUGCGGGAGAUUUACUAGUAUAGCUCUGGGCUAACUGCAUUGCAGCCAGUUUACAUUGAAGGUUUUUGGGGCAGGGACUACCUUUUAGUAUGUAUAUGUGCAGCACAUAGCAGAGUGGGCCCUCACUAUGGUUGGGAUCUCCAGGUGCUACCAUAAUACAAAUAAGUCAUGCAAAACUAGGGUGACCAGAUGUCCCGAUUUUAUAGGGACAGUCCUGAUUUUUGGGUCUUUUUCUUAUAUAGGCUCCUAUUACCUCCCACCCCCGUCCUGAUUUUUUACACUGGCUGUCUGGUCACCCUAUGCAAAACUAGGGUGAGAUCAGAAUUUGAAUCAGUAUCUUGUUUGCUAUCUUGCCUUUUUGCAGUAGGUUUUCUUGUCUCUGCUGCUUUGGAUGCUGAUGCCUGAUUCUGCUUUCACUCAGUGUUUGUCUUCACUGCAGAGUUUACUUGGGCAAUUGGCACCCGGGUUAGUCUAACCUAGGUGCAAGCCGCCACACUGCAAAGCCUUACUGUCUUACUGGGUCCUCACUGGUGCUGAACUCCCAUGUGUGUGUCAUUAGGACUUUGGGGGCAUAUCCCAUAAUCCUGUGUGCUGCAGUAUGCUGAGCUAUGCUGAUUCUUUCCCAGUGAAUUGUGGGAGAAUUUGUCUGUCUUUCUGGGCGCAGGGGGGAUUGUGGGAAGGCACCGCAGGAUUACCAGCACUGGAGUGAUUUAGGCCUGGUCUACACUAGUGGAGGGGAUCGGUCUAAGUUACACAACUUCAGCUACGUGAAUAACAUAGCUGAAGUCGACAUACUUAGAUCUACUCACCGCGGCGUCUUCACUGUGGUAAGUUGACAGCUGACGCUCUCCCGUCGACUCCGCCUGUGCCUCUCACUCUGGUGGUGCACCGGAGUCGCCGGGAGAGCGCUUGUCGGUCGAUUUAUCGUAUCUAGACUAGACACGAUAAAUUGACCCCCACUGGAUUGAUCGCUGCCCCUCGAUCCAGCGGGUAAUGUAGACAAGCCCUUAGACUGUGUCCUCACUGCAAAGUGAGUGGUUACAGCCUGAGUGAAUGUGGAGCCCAGGAUCUUACUUAUCCCCCAGCUGUGCCUGCUAGCCUGGGUUGAAACUCCCCUGAACUCCGGGGAGAGGUUUGUGCAUGGAUGGGAAGGUGAGUUAGGGCUAAAAGCCAGUUAGGAGCUCAGGUUAACUCUGCACUGAAGACAGACCCUCUCCAAGGUUUGACUCCAUGACUUCAGUGGUGUGACUCCUGGUUUACACCAGCGUGAGAGCAGAAUCAGACCCCAAACUUUGGCUAAAAGAGUUGCAUGAGAUUUUCCAUGUGGCGCUGAUACCAAUAUGAUUGGCACAGAGAAGGUGAAUCGGGCACCCAUGCUUACCUUGUUCAUGAUACAAGAACAAGAGAGAAGUCAGCAAAACUGAAAGGCAGCAAAUUUAAGACUGAUAUUUUACACAACAUGUAAUUAACCUAUGGAACUCUUUGCCACAAUAUAUCAUUGAGGUCAAGAGCUUAUUAGGAUUCAAAACAGGAUUAGACACAGUAACUUUAGAUAGAAAGAAAGUCAAGUCUCAUGCUUCAGGGCACAUGCCAGCUACUAACUGAUGAGGGUUUAGAAUAAGCUUCCUUUGUGAGCAAGGUUAUUCUGUAAUUGUUCACUGCAAGAUUUCUUGUACCUUCCUAUGAAACAUCUGACACUGGACACUGUCUGAGCCAGGAUACCAGACUAGAGGGACCACUUGUCUGGUCCAGCAUGGUAAUUCCCAUGAUCUGGUUCUUUGUCUCUAGCUGUGUUUUGUAAUGUGCUAUGUAUAUUUCUAACUCCAGAUCAGUUAACUAGUAAUUAGCUCAUCUCCUUUUCCCACUCUUGACUCUGUAUCUUCUUUCAGGCUGCUUGGACCCAAAUCUCUAUGGGAUUCUUCACAUUUGAGUUAUGUUAACAGCAGUCAUCUUGGGUGGGGAUUCAAUGAAGAACCAACCUGAUUUUGUCACUCCCCUGCCUUAAAUAGCCUUUAUAUAUGGCGGGAAUCUAUUGUCUUGCAGUGUGAUUCCCACCCUCGGCCAGUGGAAAAAUACUAAUAUUAUCAUGGUGUGCAGUGUCAGGUGACUUGAUCACAUGACCCUACAGCUAUAACUCAGAGUCUGUUUGCAGCAUCCCCAGGAAGGCUUUCCCAGUGAAAGUUUAGCAUCUUCUAAGACCUAUUGUUCUUCCUAAUGGCCCUUUCCAGCCAGCAGUCUAGGCCUUGUCUACACUGGCAAUCUACAGCGCUGCAACUUUCUUGCUCACGGGUGUGAAAAAACACCCCCCUGAGCACGCCAAGUUUCAGUGCUGCAAAGUAGCAGUGUAGAGAGUGCACAAGCACUGGGAGCCAUGCUCCCCUCGUGGGGGUGAGUUUUUUAAGGCUUUCUCCCAGCGCUGGUGCCGCGACUACACAGCGCUUUAACAUUGCUAGUGAAGACAUACCACUAGACUGAUUGCAUUCUGUCUAGUGGGCGUUCCCCAGGUGUAAACAGAUUUGUAAUAGCAGUACAGACAAUAUUCCUAACUUCAGAUACAAAAAUGAUACAUGCAUACAAAUAGGAUAAUCAUAUUCAGUAAAUCAUAACCUUUCCAGUGAUAUCUCACAUGACCCAUCUUAAAUAAAAUACAUCAUAAUUAUGCCAUGCUCAUAUCAUAUCUCUAUGAAGAAUAUGUCACAGUAACAAUUGGAGCAUUUGAUCUAAGCAGGGUUCUCAACCUUUUCCAUACUAGGUUCUCUUUGCCAUUUAGCAUUAUGGGAAGGGCCAGAUGGUCAUCCUCCCCACCCCACCCCACCCCAGCCUCCUAGAUUGAAAACCCCUGGUCUAAGGCAAGAGAGCAGCCUAAAAAGUGCUCCAAGGAAGGGGGCAUAAGCCAGUGUGGACAUGGGAAAAUUAAAGCCCUUGAGGUAUGCCCACGAGUGGCUGUCCUUUUCACCCUUCUGCAGCACCUUCUUCCUAAAGGCCCCUGUACAGCUGCCACCAUCUCUCCUUUCUGUCCACUGGCUCUCCUGUCUUCUCUUGUUUUUUCUCAUUGUCUUUUCUUUUGUGGAUUUCUCUCUCUUUUUCUAUUUGCGGAUCUACUUGUUUUUUGUCCCCCUGCUCCCUACCACAUUCCUCCAUUCGCAAGGAUAUGUGUUGCUCUGGAUGGGAACAACCAGUGGUAUCCCCUGCAUGACUGAGCUGAAUGUCACAGAAAAAGAGAAGCUUGAGUGGGCAGGAUAUGGUGUGAGCCUAUGGCCAUGUACAUGACAGCGGUUUCCCUGGAUGGCUACUCCAGUGGUCAAGGCAUGACCAGGGAGAAAAAGGCAGGUUGCGUUCAGAUGCCUGCCUGCCUGCUGCUUUCCCCACCACAGACGCACGUUUGAAGGGGACAGCAGUACAGUGGAUCUGGGGCUCAUACAGUAUUCCUUGGCUGCUCCUCAGUGAAGCUCUGCUCCACGCCCAUGCUUACUUAGCCUAGCACAACUUUGGGGUGGUAGCACCAUUGUCUGUGUAGGGAAACAGAGGUUGCAGGAAAAAACCAUCCUGAUGUGUAGAAAGAACGGUAAAUAUGGCAGGCGACCAGCUUGGCUUAUCAGUGAAAUCCUUGCUGACCUUAAACACAAAAAAGAAGCUUAUAAGAAGUGGA